AUGAGCGUUCCCAUGCUAAAGAUCGGGGCGGUGCUCAGCACCAUGGCUAUGGUGACCAACUGGAUGUCUCAAACUCUGCCCUCUCUGGUUGGACUCAACGGGACCACCAUCUCCAGAGGGGGCACUUCGGAGAGGAUUGUCAGUGCUCUGUACCCGAGCCCAGAGGAGGGCUGGCAGAUCUACAGCUCGGCGCAGGACGCAGAUGGGAAGUGUAUCUGUACCGUGGUCGCACCGGCACAGAACAUGUGUAACCGAGACCCACGCAGCAGGCAACUUCGCCAGCUCAUGGAGAAGGUUCAGAACAUUAGCCAGUCAAUGGAGGUGCUGGACCUGCGGACGUACAGAGAUCUACAGUAUGUAAGGAACACCGAGAGCCUAAUGAAAGUGCUGGAUGGAAAGCUGAAGGUGGCCUCUGACAAUCCCCGCAGUCUCAAUCCAAAGGGUUUUCAGGAGUUAAAAGACAAGGUGUCCCAGCUGCUUCCCCUGCUGCCAGUGCUGGACCAGUACAAGAUGGAUGCAAAGAUGAUCCUGCAUCUCCGGGAGGAGGUGAGGAAUCUGUCCUUGGUGCUGAUGGCCAUCCAGGAGGAGAUGGGGGCCUAUGAUUAUGAGGAGCUGCGCCAGAGAGUCCUGCUGCUGGAGACCAGGCUCCACUCCUGCAUGCAGAAACUAGGCUGUGGGAAGCUGACCGGUGUCAGUAAUCCCAUCACCGUACGUGCGUCUGGCUCAAGGUUCGGCUCCUGGAUGACUGAUACUAUGAUCCCCAGCUCAGACAACAGGGUGUGGUCCAUGGAUGGUUACUACAAGGGGCGGCGUGUCCUGGAAUACCGCACAAUGAAUGAUUUCAUGAAGGGCCAGAACUUUGUGCAGCACUUACUGCCUCACCCCUGGGCCGGCACUGGUCACGUGGUCUACAACGGCUCGCUAUAUUACAACAAGUACCAGAGCAACAUCAUCAUCAAGUACCACUUCCGAUCUCGGAGUGUUUUGGUGCAGCGCAGCCUGAGUGGAGCCGGCUACAACAACACCUUUCCUUACUCCUGGGGCGGCUCAUCUGACAUCGACCUGAUGGCGGAUGAGAAUGGCCUGUGGGCUGUAUACACCACCAUCCCCAAUGCUGGGAACAUUGUCAUCAGCCGCCUGGAGCCCAUGAGUCUGGAGGUGCUGCAGACCUGGGACACGGGCUUUCCCAAGCGCAGUGCUGGAGAGUCUUUCAUGAUCUGCGGUACACUUUACGUCACCAACUCUCACCUGGCUGGUGCCAAGAUCUACUUUGCCUACUACACCAACACGUCAAGCUACGAGUACACAGACAUCCCCUUCCACAAUCAAUACUCCCACAUCUCCAUGAUGGACUACAACCCCAGGGAGAGGGUCCUGUACACCUGGAACAACGGACACCAGGUGCUCUACAAUGUCACACUAUUCCAGGUUAUUAAGACUUCUGGGGACUGAGAGCCCUGAGAAAGACCGCUUCAAACAAUGCUGUGAUCUUUGUUCUGGGGAGGGGAAAUGAGCCGGGUGGAGGUGGGUAAUGGGUUGUGGGUGGUGGGGGUUAGUGGCUUCAGUGUAUGGGCAUAGGCUUGGAUUUUUUUUAAAGAAUUUCAAUCUUCAUAGAGUGCUAUUAUUCACAUUCUUAAAAAAACACUCCGGCAGCAGGCCGGUAAAGAUUCAAAGACUGAUCGCUUCUCUUAUUUUUAUUUCUGUGAUGAGUAAGCAUGGUUCUUUUUAUUUGUGAUGAGAAAUAAAUAUAAAUCUUUACCA